AUGAAACAGUCAUACGCCUCUCAUCUGUCGAGCGGAGGGAAAAGGAAAUCGAAGGCGGCAACAGGUGGCUCGGUGGAGGAGACCAAUAGCAAAGAGGAGGGAAGAAGAAGAAGGGAAGGAUGUGAAAGUAGAAAAGCGGCUCGGUGGUGGCUGUUGUCAACAGCGCUGGUGGCGGAGCAUAGUGGCAGUGGGCGUUCUCUGGUGAACCCUCGUGGGUUCCUUUCUCGUCACAGGGAAAUCUCCACUUGUGGUGGAGGUUUGGGUUGAUUCCAUUGAUAGGUAAGACACAAGAAAGAAAACGGGGAUGCUGCCCAUCUUGGUUUCGCCGGAAACUGCCACCCACCAUCGGUGGUCCUUGGCAGGAAAUGAUGAAGAUGAAAGGAGGGGUUGAUGCUUCUUCAUUGGCCAAAACAGUCCAUGAAUCAGAAAAGAGAAGAGAAAUAAAGAAGGAUUUUGGGUUUUUGUGGUGUGAUACAUUUGUUUUCAAUUUCCAAAUUUGGUAUUCACCAUACAUUAUAGAUUUACUUUGGACUGGAUGAAGGUUGUAAGAAAAGUCUUUGAGUGCCAAUUUGGUCAAGGUGAAACUUGAAAUCAACAUACUUGGUUGUCAAAUUUUAUUUAUUGUUGUACUUUGAGGUAAUUUUAGAAGCAGUGUAUUGCUUUAAUUAUUAAUAUGUAUUUGUGUAUGUAGAAACAUGUAUUUGGUGUAUUAUUGAGUGAUGUGGUAAAAAAUGUGAGUG